UCCGGGUUAGAGUUAAAAAAAACAUCGAUGGCGGCCACAUGCUUUUUGGAACGGUGAAUUAGAUCAGUAUAUUAUAACAAAAACAGAAUGAAGGACACACCGCUGUCCAACUGCGAGCGGGACUUCCUGCUUAAAGCCAUCGAAGAGAAAAAGCGCCUGGAUGGACGGCAGACCUAUGACUACAGGAAGAUUAAGAUCAGCUUUGGGACUGACUAUGGGUGCUGCUUUGUGGAUCUGGGACAAACCAGGGUCAUGGCGCAGGUGUCGUGCGAGCUGGUGGCUCCUAAAGAAAACCGACCGAAUGAAGGAAUCAUGUUCUUCAACAUCGAGCUGUCCCCGAUGGCCUCACCGGGAUUUGAGCAGGGAAGUCCAGAGGAGAGAGACCCCAUUCCUCUGAGUAUCUACCACAUGCCCAUCAGCGUCAGCUUCGCCUUCUUCCAACAAGGCACUUACCUGCUGGUGGACCCGUGUGAGCGGGAGGAGCGAGUGAUGGAUGGCCUGUUGGUAAUCGCCAUGAACAAACACAGGGAGAUCUGCUCCAUCCAGUCCAGCGGAGGCAUUAUGCUGCUUAAAGAGCAGGUGAUGAGGUGCAGUAAGAUAGCUGGUGUCAAAGUGUCUGAGAUCACAGAGCUCAUCAGUGAAGCCCUGCUGAAUGACAGGAAAGCCAGGAAGGCCGGUGGAAAGUGUGGAUUUGCAGAGUCCAUGCCACAGGACCGAAUCACAGCUCUGAAAAAGGACGAGACUCCGGUUGAGAUGACAGAUGUGACAGAAACAGCCAAUGGCAUUAUCCAG